UCAGCAGCAGCGCAACACCGGGGCUGGUGUGGUGAGGUGUGGGUGACGAGGAGCGUUCACCGCCAGGAAAAAUUACCAGGAGCGAUAAAAUGCACGGAUGAAAAUGGCCCAUUAGAAUCUCCGUUAGCUGUUUUUGCAUCUUAAGGGCUUUGCGUGACUGAUGUCCUCAUCAGCGCGUCAGGUUAAUGCAAUGAAGGUCCUCUGUCAAUCCGAGCUGUCCGCUUUUUUAGAGCUGGUUUUCUAAGCUAACCCAACAGGCUAACUGUUAGCUAGUUCGCCGAAUGUCAGUUAGUCAAUGUGGAAGAGAGGGAGCUGCUCUGAGCGACUCCUGCUGUUUGGAUUAUUCCGAGGCUUGUUGUUCAUCGAGGACUUGACACAGUGACAGCCUACCUGGAUGGACAGUUUGACGGGGUCUCAUAGUGGAAUCUGCGCGGGCAGAACUCAAUUGUGUCGGGGUGGCUAGGCUUUCACUCGGCCGGGCGACCAGCGGAGGUAUCGUACAAAUGUGGCCGUUGCAGCCUGUUGUGUCCCACUGUUUCAGGGACCGAAGUUGGUAGUUCAGCACACAUUUCCACGAGGAUACCCUAAAAAGUCACUAAAGACCGUCAGAGAUUUUUUAAAACCCGAUAACCGCCGGACACGGGGAAUUGGAAAGGGACUCCUGCAUAUACAAAAGGAUACUAGCUUAGAUACUUAGGUGUAUCCCUGUCAUACAGGCUUUUUCAGCUCAUGCGGUGAUGACUUUAGACUCCAUGAUGGCUUGUUGCCUGAGUGAGGAGGCGAGGGAGUCCAAACGUAUCAACGCUGAAAUCGAGAAGCAACUCCGACGAGAUAAGCGAGAUGCACGGAGGGAGCUGAAGCUGCUUCUGCUGGGAACUGGAGAAAGUGGCAAAAGUACUUUCAUAAAGCAGAUGAGAAUAAUCCAUGGGACAGGCUACACAGAUGAGGAUAAAAAGGGCUUCACCAAACUGGUCUACCAGAACAUCUUCACCUCAAUGCAGGCAAUGAUCCGUGCUACAGAGACCCUCAAGAUCCCCCUGAAGUAUGAGCAGAGCAAGAAUAACUCCCUGCUGGUGCGGGAAGUGGACGUAGAAAAGGUGACAACGUUCGAGCAGCCGUACAUCAGCGCGAUAAAGCAGCUGUGGACCGACCCUGGCAUCCAGGAGGCAUACGAUCGCAGGAGAGAGUACCAGCUCUCCGACUCAACCAAAUAUUAUCUUAACAGUUUAGAACGAAUAUCAACACCAGGGUUCGUGCCCAAUCAGCAGGACGUCCUGCGUGUGCGAGUGCCUACCACCGGCAUCAUUGAGUACCCGUUUGAUCUGGAGAAUGUUAUCUUCAGGAUGGUGGAUGUCGGAGGUCAGAGGUCAGAGAGGAGGAAGUGGAUCCACUGCUUUGAGAACGUCACGUCCAUCAUGUUUCUGGUGGCCCUCAGCGAGUACGACCAGGUUCUGGUGGAGUCGGACAACGAGAACCGUAUGGAGGAGAGUAAAGCUCUGUUUAAGACCAUAAUCACAUAUCCCUGGUUCCAAAACUCUUCCGUAAUCCUGUUCCUCAACAAGAAGGACCUGCUGGAGGAGAAGAUCACCUACUCACACCUGGUGGACUACUUUCCAGAGUUUGAUGGUCCACCACGUGAUGCUCAAGCAGGCCGAGAGUUCAUCCUGAAGAUGUUUGUGCACUUGAACCCAGACAGCGACAAGAUCAUCUACUCACAUUUCACGUGCGCCACCGACACGGAGAACAUCCGCUUCGUCUUUGCAGCCGUCAAAGACACCAUCCUGCAGCUCAACCUCAAAGAAUACAACCUGGUGUGAAGGAAAACCAGAAAGAUGCCGACGUCUCUAAACAUACACACACACACACACACACACACACACACACAUACACAUUCACACACACUUCGGAUUUAACUUCCAGAGAUGCACAUCUGCGUGAAACACACAGCUGCUCACAGAGAUGAGUGUUGCUUCAUUCAGAUCAACACUAUCUGCUUUAUUUUCCACUCCGUUCUGUGGGGGUUUGUUGAUGUUUUAAAGAAUCUGUCAGGUGGUUUUACUAACUGCUGCUUCUGCACAGGAACACGUGAUUAUAACACUCAUUUCUUGUAUUUUUUGGAGCUUUAAUACUCCCCUUGCCCCUCCUUUGGCCUGCUGUGAGGCAUACUUCAUUCAUUUCUUUUUUCAUUUUCUGCACUACAUUAUCACCGAUGCCUGAGUGUUUGAGAUGGGUGGAGGGCCUUCUUUGAGUAGAACAAGCUUUUCUGGACAAAGGGCAUUCUGUCCAUGCAUGCUCCACACUACAGCAUGAGGUCACAAGGCCGGGCUGCAGACCUCUGGACUCUGCUCAUCUACAAAGUGUAACUCAUUUUGAAAAUAUUAAAACAGGCAGUGCUGGGUGAUGUGAGGUACUUCCUGCCCUGGAACUUGAUUUUUAUUUUAAUCUCCCUGACCCACACCAGAGCACGAGAACUCUAUUGAAUGUAAAUAACGUAUUCAGGCCGCUCACGCAAGGCGAGGGCUUUACAGAAAUGCUCAACAUCUUCCUGGUUUCUAUCGUUUCUGCUUUUGUCUGGGUUAAAGCCGAAGUGACGACUGACUAUUCGUGGAAGACGACCUACAUUGUAUUCUUUUAAAUUAGUGUUAAAAAGCAAAAAUGAUAUCACAUGUAGUAUUUAUACUUUAGACUAAUGAAUUUGUUUGCCAAAUUAUAAAGCUGAGCUCUGAAAAUCCAGUUCUGUUGCCAGUGUUGUGUUCAUCCUCAACCGGUAUCAUAAAAAUAUGAAGUGAAUCAUUUAGAUGUUUGCAUAACGGGCCACGUUGUGUGGCUUUUAUUACUAUUAUUAAUUUUUUAUAUGUUAACUGUCUGAUUUGCAUUUGUAAUAGUACUGUAAUUCAGUUUCUUUUGUUUAAUGGUGAGAUGUUUUCCCCCAGAUCAGAACAAUGAUCAGAUGUAGAUUAAAUAAAGCUUUUUGUGCUGCCAAUUUAAGCUUCGGUCACAAGUUGGUCACGGUCCUCCGUAGGGCUUCUCUCUGGGUUUUUCUUUUAUAUAUCAGACAAAAUUUGAUAAAUGAACACAGAGCGAAUGGGUCUUUUUGGGUUUAACUUAUCAGUCAGGUCUGUGAUGUUGUUUCAGUGAAUUGAGACUUCCUAAUUUGAGCUCAAACCUUUUUCCAACUGUGCUGAUUGAGGAAAUUUUGUACUGCUGUAAAAUAUCAAACUAUUUUCUGGACAUGUGUUCUAUCUUUCUAAUGAUACUUCAUAUAUUUUGUUCUUGCAGUUGAGUUUUGAUGUGUUUGGUGACAGAAAGCAAUUUCCAUGUCAGGUGUGUGCUUUAUGCAAAUGGAAACCAACUAAAAGAAGGAAAAAAAAUCCCACUGAUGGUUAAAUAUUUACUGUUUAAGGAUGCUUGCAAAUUUUGAAAAACAUUUUUAAGGAUGUGAUCUUGUUGCAAAUCCUGUUGUGCAUCUUGCCCGAUAGCUGUUCAAAUAUUUCUUUAGGGCGGGAGCAGAUGAUUGCUUUAUUUCUUUGUCUUCAUGAUGUAAUUCAGGUAAGUUUUCAUCCCUUUUUCAUCACAAGGGCUACUCCUAGCAGCUUUGUUAGACACGAGAGGAUUCUAUGGGUUGGCAUGGAGCAAGUGGUGCACUUCCUAAACAUUGGCAGCUGAAUCAACCGGUGAUGGCUGCAAAUCUCAGUGAACGGGUCGAGGAAAGGCGGCUGAGGGGUGCAGAGAGCGGCUAAAGUCAGGAGGAAACGGGUUUCCCUCCAGAUCCAGUCGCUCGUUUCAAGUCUCAGCUCGACUGGUACGUUUUCCAUCAUGAGCAUAUUUGCCUCCUUAUUCAACGUGUUGAACUUUGGCACUUCUCUGGUGGGAGUCAGGGUGUGUUUUGAUCUGCACAUUUAAUGAGCCUUUUGUGUUAAAAACCAGAUCAUUUAUCUGCUCAUUCUGCGGUACUUUCUAUGUUUUAGAUUCUUUUUAUUGAAUGGUUUACAUGUCUGAUUUUCUACAGCGAACUUGUAAGACCAAAUCGGGGUUGGGGUGGGGUUAUAUUCUGUAUUAUGUGCACUUGUUGACGAAGCCAUGGUGUUUUCACUGUCCACGUUCUGAAGAAGCGUUUAAUGAAGGAAGGACAGGUCAUUAUUUUUUGCUAAGUGCCACAUUUGAUUUAGCUUCAAUUUUUAAUAUGAUGUAACACUGAAUACUUUGCUGUGCUUCUUUGCAGUUUUAUGUCUACAUGAACUUACAUUCCCAGAAGGUUGUUUUUAAGUUCAUCUUUGGUGCUUAAACCAUUAUUUCAAAGCCUCCUUGGUUCAUUCGUCAUGAUGCUUUUCAUACAUGCUUCUAAGUUCUGUUGAUGCUACAGUUGUGAAUUUUGAAGAAAGCGUAUGAUAAUAAACUGACAGACUUGAGCUUUGUUUAGAAAAGAAUAUUGUGUUGUGCUGCACUGCGGAGGUAACAUGGUGAUAAUGUAUUUGUUUUUAAAACUUUGUUGGCUUUCAGGAAGUGUUCUGGCAGAUUGUUGUUUUGUGUGUGCGUGUAUGUGUGUGUGUGUGUGGCCUUUUGCGGUUUUUAUUUUAUUUUUUUUUUUUUUUACAAAUGAUUUACUGUCCUGCAAACUUGAGUUGGCUUCUGUUAAGAUAACAAAAAAUUUCACCAGGGUGUGGAUUUCACCAUUUGAUGUGUGAAUAGAUUUACAUCAGGACUUAAUAUGGGGCUAACAGUGACAGUCACAUGGAUAAACUAGCAGGAAUUAGAUUUUUCAGAUGAGCUGGGUAUAACAUUUGAAAUCCUUCAUCUCUACUCCUUUUUAUUUAUUUAAAAAAUUUUUUACUUAAAAUAUACAGUUUUUAUGACAAUCCAGUGCAAAAAAACUGCACCAAAUAUUUUGGGAACCCAACCCAGCACCCUGUGGUACUUUUUCCUUUUCUAAAUUGAUUAAAACAGUUGUAAUGUUUUCAGUAAAGGUACUGAAGUGAUCACAAUUUGGAGUUUAGAGAAGAAAUUGAGAAAGUAAAUUAAUCUGCAUGUUUAACUUAAAGAUUUGUUUUGAUUGGAUUGUGUAUUUGAUGGGUUGACCGCAUUGAAACUACACCCAUACAGUGGGCCUUUGUGCAACAAAGGUAUCUGUUGUUGGUGUGUGUGUGUGUGUGUGUGUGUGUGUGUGUGUGUGUGUGUACUUUAUUGCUUAAGCUACAGAUCCACCUCAGAGAGGGGGGCACACAGUGGAAAUGAAAGUUAUCUGCUUCUUGUUUGCUUUUAUGCGGCUGACUGACCUGAACAUGUGUAUUUAAAACCACUUGAUGACCGACCUAAAAAGAAAAUAUAUACAGCUGAAGUUUAUGUAGUGGUGUACACAUAGAAAGUAAUGUAUUAUUAUUAUUUUAUUUUUAAAGUUAACCAAAUGUAUAUUCUGUACAAUGAGUGUGCCAAUUCCCUUUCUUUGUAAAGCCUGACUCUUUAACAAGUGCCGAUGUUGAAAAAUCUGAGGACCGCUAAGUUGUGCAGUCCACUUUUGAAAACACUAUAUGAUUAAGUAACAAAAAAGGACUAUUAUUCUAUAUUUAAGAUUAAUGAUGAACUGCUGUUUUUAAAAUGUGUUGAUUUCUUUGCAUGUGUUUGUCAGACUGGGGAGGGAGUGGAUGGGUGAGAUACACUAUACUUGCAUCGCCUUCAAGAGGAGAGUCCUAAUGGUUUUUAAUUUACAGUAUUUUAGCCAUAUUUCUCUUUUAUUUUGUAUGUUUCAUUUCAGCCACUGUUGCCUGAACCUCAUUCAAACAUGAAAAUGAUUUUACAUAGCCUUCUCCUUUAAAUGUUUGAAAUUGGAAUAAAACAUGUUCCUAUACUCUU